AUGCUGAGAAAUGGAGAUGUUGAGAUAGAAUUUGAAUAUGUGUUGACAAUGUUUUAUACUUCCAUGCCUAUUUUGACAGCUCUACAUGGAGGUAAUGGUGUCCUAAAGCUGUUCCCUUGGACUAAGGAUUUUACUCCUUCUACCCUAAAGCAGACAUCUGCUCAGGUGUGGAUAAGGAUCCAUGGUCUCUCCCAAGAGUACUGGAGACCACGCAUCCUCUUUACAAUAGCAAGCAGCAUAGGUACGCCUAUUUGUAUUGAUUCUGCAUCCACUAAAUCGGUUUUUGAUAGACCUUUUGGGCAUUAUGUUCGUGUGCUUGUUGACCUGGACCUUACGAAGGAUCUGAGCUAUAAGAUUCUUGUGGAGAGGGUAGGGUUUGCUUUCUUUGUUGAUAUUGACUAUGAAAAGAUUCCGGCGUUUUGUAAUUUUUGUAAAUGCAUUGGGCAUUCUCUCGACAACUGCAAAAGAAAGGAUCUUACCUUAGGUAAAGACAAGGAAAACAUACAAAGACAAGAGAAACAUAUUUACAUCCCUACAGGGAAGAAACUUAGCACAGGUGAGAACUCCAAAAGCAAUCCGGAAUCCCAGGUGGCUAUGGGGGAUAAUGGAGCGAGGCCUGCACCUAUUUCAACUCCUAUUAUUGACUGCAACACAGAGGUUCCUCCAGAUAGCUCUAAUGAUAGAAAUGAAGACUGUAAUACCGAUCCUAUAUUAGUUCCUGUUCUCUCUGGUGCUACUCACAGGCUCUCUGCAGAUAGGGAGGAAUCCUCUGAUGGGGAGUUUGUUGAUGCUACACAGAUGGUGAAUUUUGUUCCAGAAACACAAUUAGAUGAAAGAUUUAAGAACCAAGUCACAAAUUUUCUUCAUGAGUCUUGGAAUAACAUGGCUGAUUUGGAUGACCCCGGGGUGGACUUGUUUCAGCAAUAA